UCACCCGUGGGUCAGUGCUGUGUUGCCCAUGGGUGUCAGAGCUGUGUCACCCGUGGGUCAGAGCUGUGUUGCCCAUGGGUGUCAGAGCUGUGUCACCCGUGGGUCAGAGCUGUGUCACCCAUGGGUGUCAGAGCUGUGUCACCCACGGGUGUCAGAGCUGUGUCACCCGUGGGUCAGAGCUGUGUCACCCAUGCUCAGUGCCCCCCGCUCAGCGCCCCCGUGCCGGUGUCCCGCAGGCGGUGACGCGCGGGUGCGAGGCGCGGGAGCUGGCGCUGCCGCGGGGCGCCGGGGGGCACCCGGGCUUCUCGGUGGACGCCGCGGGGGUGGUGACCGCCGUCACCCGCUUCUCCUUCGCCGAGACGGCGGGGCUGCGGCCCGGCGCCCGCCUGCUGCGCGUGGCCCAGCACCCGCUGCCCGCGCUGCCCCCCCGCCGCCUGCGCGCCCUCCUGCGCCGCCCCAAGGCCCCCCUCACCCUCCUGCCCCCCGACCGCGACGGACGGCCCCGACGGAGCUUCUCGGAGCUGUACGCGCUGUCGCUGGAGCAGGGCCGGGGAACGGGGGGGGGGCCCCGGGGGGGCGCUCGGGGACACAGCGACUCGGGGGGCAGCGGCGGCAGCAGCGGGGGGGGGCAGGCGGGGCCCCCCCCGGCGGGGCUGCGUCCCGACACCCUGCGGCUGCUGCGCUCGCUGGCGCUGGCCGAGGACAGCCCCCCCCCCAGCGACCGGCCCCCCAGCCCGCAGCCCCUGGCUGACUCCACCCCCGACCUGCUGCUGCCGCACCACAGCCCCUCCCCCCCCCGUGACACGGGAGCCCCCCCGGAUGCCGGUGGCCCCGUGACCCCCCCUGAGCCUGGACCCCCCCGUGUCCCCUCGCUGCGGCACUCGCUGGGCAGGCUGCUCUCGGGGACCGGGGAGCCCCAGGAGGAGGAGUGGGAGGCCAUCGCCCGCCUGGCCACCGCCUGCAGCGGCAUCCUGGAGGCUCUGGAGCGGGGGGGGCAGCAGCUCCCGGAGCCCCCCAGCACUGAGGCCCAGCAGAGCCUGAGCCAGGGGAGCCCUGAGGAUGAGUCCCGCAGCCUCUCGGAAAAGGUGGCGCAGUUGGAGACAAUGCUGAAGCGGCUGCAGGAGGAUCUGCAGGAGGAGCAGGAGGCGCAGCAGCGGCUCCGGGCCGAGGUGCGGACGCUGCGUCGCAGCAACCGGCGGCUGCAGCAGGAGCAGGAGGACGCGGCGGCGCGGCUCAGCCGAGUGACGCGGCUGCUGCAGCCCCCGGAGCCCCCCCCCGGCCCGUAGGGACCUGCCAGGACCCCCCGGGACUCCCAACCCCCGGUGGGGACCUCCGGCACCCUGGGGCUGCAGGCAGCACCCUCCCAUCUGGGGCACGGCCAUGCUUGCACCCUCAUGCACACUCACCCUGUGCACGCUCACCCUGUGCACACUCACACCCUGUGCACGCUCACACCCUGUGCACGCUCACCCUGUGCACACUCACACCCUGUGCACACUCGCUUUGUGCAUGCUGACAAUGCACCCCCCCGUGCACAUUCACCCCCGUGCACAUUCACCCCCGUGCACAUUCACCCCCGUGCGCACUCACCCUGUGCACGCUCACACCUUGUGCACGCAACCCAUUCACACUCCCCCCCAUUCACACUCCCCCCAUUCACACUCCCCCCGUUCACACUCACCUCUGCCCCCCCCCCGGCCGCCCCCCACUAACUGUGAAACCAAAGCUGUGACAACCCCCGUGUCCCCCCUCCCCCCCCGUGUGACACUGGAGCCCCCUCAGGAGGGGCCGCGCUGGGGACAACCCCCCCAAUAAAGCCUUUGGACUCCUCA